AUGCACGAUAUGGUUUCAGCCAUUGCCAGCUCAGGCGUCUCUCCCAUUGUCCGUAUAAGGGGAACCGACGGAACCCUCAUCAAGCGAGCUCUUGAUACCGGAGCACACGGCCUGCUAGUUCCAAUGGUGAACACCGCCGAAGACGCUCGCUCCGUAGUCUCGUUCAGCAAGUUCCCUCCUCGAGGGGUGAGAGGUCAAGGCUCUCCCUUCGCCUGCUUCGAGCACGGCCUCGCCACCCCAUCUGAGUACGUCGCUGCUGCCAACGACAACAUCGUAAACAUGGUCCAGAUCGAGUCCGUUGAGGCACUCGAGAACUUAGACGACAUAUGCGCGGUCCAAGGCAUCGAUCUGAUCUUCAUCGGUCCGAACGAUCUUGCGUUGGCGUUGCUUGGGUAUACGCCCGCGAAGUACACGGAGAAGGUGUUUCUCGAUACUAUUGAUCGGAUUGUUGACACGGCGAAGAAGCAUGGGAAGAAAGUCGGGAUUCUUGCGACUGAUGGAGAACAUGCGAAGAAGUUGAAGGAGAGGUUCGGAUUUGUGGCCAUUUCGGCUGAUGCGAGAGCGCUGCAGGCGUGGUACAGGAAGCAGGUUGAAGCGGCUGGGUCGUGA